UCUUUCACCCGUUACAUAUUUACAGGGCAAUUCAAGUGUUCAAUAUUCUUCUUUUCAUGAAGACCUAGUAUGAACAAAGGGCUUUGUUGUCAUUCAAGUAUUCGAAAUUUUCAAAUAUUGAUUUUGAACCGAUUCCAAAAGAUAUGAAUCAAAAACUGUACACUUAAAUAUUCAGGUAGAGCGAGUAAAUAUGAUAAAUUUAGAAUUGUGUAAACAUUGAUCGUUCGCCAACAUACGGGAAACCACAAAUGUAAUACGCAUGACAGGAAGACAGUAUGCACAUCCUGUUGCAGUGCAGUGGAGUGGAAAAGAAGAAGAAAAAUGGAAAAUCUAACAAAAACUGGGGGAAAAAACUUGAAGAAACAUGGCAAUAAAAAGUUUAUAUGCAUGAAUAAACAUCUGCAAGGAAGAUGUCCAGUAUGUGAAGAAUGGCUAGAAAAGAAUGUGUGCCAGACAGUAGACAAUGGACACAAGUUCCAUUGGGCCUGUCUCUGUAAAAUGCAAGGAUCUGGCAAAAGAUGUGAUCUAUGCAUUGAGGACGACCUGCCGACCGAACAUGACUGCUUCAAACUAAAGCAAAAAAAUGUAUUGGAUAAAGCUGCCAUGAGGGACAUGGCCCACGAGAUAGUCACAUGUGACAACUGUGGACAUGUUGGCACAUUUGCAGAAGUAAAGCAGCUACACGAUGAAAGAGGAUGUGACAAAGACAAGAGAGGAUUUGAUCAAGUUGGUUGUGCAUGUGUCAUAUGUUAGACGACAUGUACAAAUUUUUCUAAACAUGUUUGUUUUUGUGCCAUACAUUUACAGAUUUUUCAGUGAUUACAUUAACAACCAUCUACAUGUACAUGUAUUUCAUCCAUAUUGGAAAAAAAUGGACAGCAGUGACAGGCUAUAUAGAAACCAAUAAGGAUAAUUUUAUAACCUUUGCUUUACUAAUGUGUAAACAUGUGUAUGUUAUUUCUCCUGGAGACAUAUUAAAAGGGUAUAAAGCUUUAUUUCAUGCUUUCCAGUGUUUUAUUGUAAUACAUCAGAUGAUUAUGUUCUGAUAAACCAAAAUUGAAAUUUACAAAAUAUAAUGUUCACUGUAGCCGGACAUUAUCUGAAUGCGGAUGAAAAGAAAAUCAUAACUAAAUGGCAGAAAUACAUGCCAUCAUACAUACAUUUUGCUUCUUUAGGCAAAGAAAGUCGAUAUCACCAUACAUCAUGUUAAAAAUGUAACAAAAUUAGAGAAAUUUAACAGAACUAUAUUUCAAAAUUGAUGAUGUGACGUCACAAAGGAGAAUGCGCGACGUUACGCGGCAAAUCAGUAAAAA